UCUAAUUCGCAUGAGAAAAAAAGGACCCACAAAGGGUUGAGCGAUUUUCUCUGUUUUUGGCAUAAAUUAACUUCCAGGGUUGGAUUUUGGAGGUUUUAAUUCGGCAAAUUUACAGACCUUUUUAAAACUCCAAACUUUCUCACUGAUUCUCCACUGUCAAUUUCACUCAGUUUGUAGUCAGUCUUGAGCUUGAUAGACACGACCAUACAAUGGCAAACAACUCUCAAUACUCUGGUGGACCGGGUCCGCCUCUUCGUCCACCUAUGGUUGGCUCAGUUCCCCCCCUGCAAAAUAUUCCUCCAUCAAUGCCUACUCAGUUCCGGCCAGUGGGCCCGAUGCAUCCAUCUCAGCAAUUUGCUCCUCCAGCAUCUCAACAGUAUCAGUCUAUUGGUCCUGGAAUCCCUGCAAUGAAUUUACCAAUGCCUCCGUCACAGAACCAGCAAAUGCAAUUUGCUCAGCCAUUACAACAAGUUCCUGCAAGACCUAUACCGCCAGGUCACCUUCCUCCAAUGUCACAGUCAAUACCAUUGUCUAAUAUUCAGUUAAACAGGCCAAUGUCAUCUGGAAUGCCCCAACCUGUGCAAAAUCUGCAGGCUCCUAGCAGUUUUCCGCCUGCCUCGGGGGGUCCAGGAAUGCCUUCUCUUCCAGCUUAUCCUCCAAAUACAUAUUCCACAUCUCAAUAUCAAUCAGUAUCUCAAAUGAAUUUUCAAAGCAAUCCUGUUUCUGGGCAAUCUUUUCUAGCUUCUGGAAACCAGGAUUCUGCUUCAUUUACACCGGUGCAGCAAAGUGGACAGCCUCCAGCAUCUAUAUCCACAACUUUGGUAGUUGAUUCUCAGCCUAAACCUGUGGAAAAAUCUUCCUCUGACUGGUUGGAACACACCAAUAAUGGCAGGAGAUUUUACUACAACAAGAAGACAAGGCUGUCUACGUGGGAGAAACCUUUCGAACUUAUGACUCCUAUUGAGAGGGCUGAUGCAAGUACUGAUUGGAAGGAGUAUACGGGACCCGAUGGAAGAAAGUAUUACUAUAACAAAGCAACCAGACAGUCCAAGUGGGUCAUUCCUGAAGAGCUCAAGGUGGCGCGGGAGCAAGCAGAAAAGGCUACCGGCAUUGUGGAAGUUGCACGAAGCUCUCAGUCUGAUAUUAUAACACCAUCUACUGCUGAUACAAAAUCUUUUACUCCUGUUGUACAUUCAAGUCCAGCAGCAGUAACACCUGUGGGUGUUGGCGCUACUUCACCAACUGUAUCAUCUCCUGGUUUAGCUUCUGAUGCAGCUAAGAAUCCAGGGAUCCAUACAGAUGCAAGUGCAGGUCAAUCACCUGCUGAGACUUUGUCCACAGCUGAUGCUGGUGCAGCUGUCCCUGGAAGCACCGACUUGCUUCCUGCUCCUGUCGAUUCUGCGCCUUUACCAUUGAAUCAAUCCCAGACUGAGGAAGCUGUGGAGCCUUUGAAGAAUGUUACAGUGCAAGAAACAGAGGAAGACAAUAAAAGCACGGGCAUUGCUGGAAAGACAAAUGUUACUGUCCAAGAAGAAAAGGCGACUGAACCUGAAACUCUGACCUAUGCUAGCAAGCAGGAGGCAAAAGAUGUAUUUAAAGCUCUUCUUGAAUCUUCAAAUGUUGAAUCUGACUGGACUUGGGAGCAGGCUAUGAGGCUAAUUAUCAAUGACAAGAGAUAUGCAGCUCUUCGAUCACUUGGAGAAAGGAAGCAAGCUUUUAAUGAGUUCUUGAGUCAAAAGAAAAAACAGGAGGCUGAGGAAAGGCGUGCUAAGAACAAAAAAGCAAGGGAGGACUUCAGGAAAAUGUUAGAAGAUUGCGGUGAGCUGACAUCAACAACAAGAUGGGGCAAAGCGAUAAAUAUGUUUGGUAGUGAUGAGCGUUUUAAAGCCAUUGAGCGAGUGAGAGAUCGUGAGGAUAUGUUUGAAGAAUACUUGACUGAAUUGGAUAAGAAGGAACGUGCGAAGGAAGAAGAAGAACGUCAACAAAAUAUAAUGGAGUACAGGAAGUUUUUGGAAUCAUGUGACUUUAUUAAGGCAAAUAGUCAGUGGCGGAAAGUCAAAGACCGCUUAGAGGCUGAUCAAAGAUGUUCACGGCUUGACACAAUGGAUCAAUUGAAAAUUUUUCAGGAAUAUGUUGGUGAUCUGGAAAAGGACGAGGAAGAGCAAAAAAGAAUACAGAAGGAAGAAAUAAGAAAAUCUGAACGGAGAAACCGUGAUGAGUUCCGAAAGUUGAUGGAAGGACAUGUUUUUGAUGGCACUCUCACGGCCAAGACUCACUGGCGGGAUUACCAUUCAAAGAUUAAAGAUUUACCAGUAUACCUUGCAGUCUCGUCCAAUAGCUCAGGCUCUACUCCCAAAGAGUUGUUUGAAGAUGUAGCUGAGGAGCUAAAGAAACAGUAUGAAGAUGAUAGGAUACGAAUAAAGGAUGCUGUGAAGUCUGGAAAGGUUUUCUUAUCUUCUACUUGGACUCUUGAAGACUUCAAGACUGCAACUGAAAUUGAGAUCAGCUCCCCAGCAGUGCCAGAAAACAACUUAAAGCUAGUUUUUGAGGAGUUACUUGAAAGAGUCAGAGAAAAAGAAGAGAAAGAAUCAAAAAGGCGAAAACGUCUGGGAGAUGAAUUCUUUAACAUGUUAUGCUCACUUAAGGAUAUAACUGUUGAUUCAAUGUGGGAGGACUCUCUACCAUCAUUUGAAGCUCGAGAAGAGUUUAGGUCUAUAGGUGACGAAGCUGUCUCUAGGCAGAUUUUUGAGGAGUAUAUUGAUCAGUUGAAAGAAAAGGAGGAGCGAAAAAGAAAAGAAGAAAAGACAAAGAGAGAGAAGGAAAGGGAAAGAGAUAAAAGGUCUAGGGACAGAAGGGAUAAAGAUAGGAAGCGUGACAGAGAUAGAGGAAAGGAGCGAAACGGAAGGGAUGAGGGGGAUGCUGAACUUGAUCUUGGUGAAACUUCAGUACCAAAUCAGAGCAGAAAAUCAGGGAAAGACAAGGAUAAGAAGCACCGUAAACGCCAUCAAGAUGAUGAAAAUGAUUCAGGUUUGGAUAAAAAUGGAAAAGAUCAUUCAAGAAGCUCUCAUAGGCACAGCAGUGAACGUAGGAAGUCAAAACAAACGGACCAGGAUGUGCUGGACUCUGACAGUGAAAGCAAGCAUAAGAAACACAAGAGAGAGCAUCGUAAUGGUUCUCGUAGAAAGGGAGACGAGGAGCUUGAAGACGGGGAACUGGGUAAUUGGUGAUCAGCGAUGCAUGUAUGUUGUAGCAUUAUAAAAGGUUAUCAAACAUUAUUUUGGUUUAGCGGGAGAUCGUGGACAAAUUUUUGCUCCUGCAUGAAGGGAUAAGGCGCGAGCUCAAAAAGCCACAUUCCAUGAUGUUUGUAGGAGAUAAGCAACUUCAGUUGCACAUUCGCCUUGGAAAGCCAGCAGAAACCUCACAUGUAAUCAGGAAGGUAUCUUUCUUUAUAACAAGAUAGGCACUAUUUUGGAUCAUUUUCAUCAAAUUUUCUUCUUCGAAAAAGUAUGAUUUUGGCUUGCAAGAUGUAUCAGUGGUAUUGAUUUAGAAUUUUAUGCUGGCUAGUUAAUAUCAGGGUCAAAUUUUGUUUUAACACAUAGUUUCAGUCCAGAGUUUCCUUGUUCCUGAAUCCUGUGAACUAAAUAGAAAGGCUAUCAUCAUAAAUCUAGAAUAUAAUGUGAAAUCCAAUCCAAUUGACUUGAUUA